CUGGGCUUCGCCUUAUGCGGAUCUUCGCUCAGCAUGGUCGUGUUUGCGGCGAGUGGGCAGCUGUUCACCGCUGUGACACGACGACUGCUGCUGCGGAAGGGCAUGACGACGGGGCAAACGCUGGGGGUCUGUCUGGUUGCCUUGGGCCUGGUGGUUCGGUCCGCUGGCAACAUACCAGCCGCCGCCCUCCUCGUCAGGUGGCCCCUGGCGGGGGUACCUGCAGGGGCGUCCUCAUCCGCUUCAACAGCUGCAGCCAUGACUGCCGCACACACCGGCAUCAUGCAUAACAGCAGCAACAGCAGCAACAUGAGUAGCAACAGCAGCCACCCGGCAGCCCUAGCGACAGCCCAAGCCUCGGCCCCCUUCCAGUCGGACCUAGCGCUGGGGGUGCUGCUGGUGGUGCUGUCCUCGCUGGGCUACAGCCUGCUGGGCUGCUUGUACGAGUGGCUGAGUGCCGUACGGGGGCCGCACAUGUCGCAUGCGCAGGUGGCUACCAGCACCUCCCUGAUCGGCCUAGCUGCCACCUCCGCCUACCAGCUGGGCUUCACACGGCGGCGCUGGGGGCAGCUGGUGGCGGAGCGCAUGGAGGCGCGGGGACUGGGCUGGGGGCAGGUGCUGCCGCUGUACGGCUGCUUCGGAGCCCUCUUCACGGUGCACAGCCUGGUCCAGGGCGCAGUGCUGCAGCGCUCCGGCGCCACCGCGGUG